UAGUCAAAGAAUAAUAUUGACAGGUGGGUCCAAAGGAAUGUAAAACGUGAUAUUUACCCUUUUGAUGGAUAUGUAAGCUAGCAUGUGAAUAGAAAUAAUGCCAUGUUAACCAGUAAUGGUUUCUUUCUUCUUGUACAGCUUUACAGUUCCACUUACACAAUGGGUACAUUUUAAAAAUCCAAAGCAUCUUUCCCAUCCAAAGUUUAUCUGGUUAUUGUUGGAUACAAUGAUACAACUUGGUACCAUCUUUGUCUGCGAGGCAGAGCACUUAAGUACAAAGUGCUUAAUACCGGACUGGAAGACUUGAUCUACUCACACCGGUUGGAGCCAUACUAUUUUCUGUGUGUGUUGUUGGAUCUUUCAAGAAACAAUAGUCACCUCUAAGCCGAGCGCCUGUAUAGUACAUGUAGCAGAAAUUGGCUCAUUUGCAACUUCUUAAAUAAACAGUUGAACAAGAAGAAUAGUGUUGCCUUUCUUUCAUGGGUCAAGACCUACCAACAACGCAAAUACGUAGGUUAAUCUUUCAAAGUAUCUGAGGCAUAGGGACAUUUAAGGACAGCAGGGCCGAGCUUCGGAAGGCGUUAAGCUUGUGAGGUUGGUAACUAUGAUAAAAUUUGUACAGGCUAUUGACCUUAAUGCUGAAUACUACUGUACAAAUUGCUAAACAAUACCGGUAGUCUAGAGUUACCAGUGCUGGGCUUCAAUGGUUUACAACUUCACAUGGCAUUGUACUGACCACGUCAACAACAAGGAUAUCAAGUGUCAUUUCCUUGUGGGACCGCAACGUUGUAGACGAAAAUACUUCUUAAAUCUCUCUGCACCGAACUUCGAAGGGACCAUGGGUGCGAAUGUGGUGAUCGUGGCCGCUGCUGUGCUGAUGUUGACCAUCCAGACUUCAGGGCAGCCGACCUGGGACUGUUCCGGUCCGAGGACCGAGGAGAAGUGUGUGUGCAGCCCUGUCAUUCAUGUCCACAACGACAGGGAGAAGCAGGAGGAAAGCGACGAGACGGGAACCAGCCAGGACGUUCGGCUGGCAGAGUUGGAGGAGCAGGUCAGGAAUCUGACAGGAGAAGUCGCGCUCCUUAAACAAGCUUUCCAUGAGAAGCUAGCCUGUCCCAACGGUUAUGUCAAGUUCCAGGACAGAUGCUUCAGCUUCUCUACUGACCGGCCGAACUACGCAGGUGCCAGGUCUGCCUGUCAAAUUCUCGGUGGGCGUCUUGCCAUGCCUAAGGACCAGGCAACCAACAACUUCCUGGUCAACCAACUGACCAGGUACUCCAUUGGCUCCAUCUGGUUCGGCCUUACAGAUCAGGCAGAUGAGGGAGCCUUUGUGUGGGAGGACGGGACGGCGCUCACCGGCUGGUCUGACUGGUAUACAGGGGAACCUGACGAUGGUGGCUCUGGUGAGGACUGUGUUGAGUGGAGAGACGUCUAUGGCUACAAGUGGAACGAUAUUCCAUGCUCCUUUAGUAAAUAUUAUGUGUGUGAAGUCAGUGCAGCUGUUCCCUAGCCGAAGUCAAGUAUACCUUCACUGGUCAUAACCAACAACGAGUAAGGAGAUUGAAUUCUGUCAGUUUGGUGUGAUUUUGUCCUACCUAGACAAAACCAUUUUCUCGGUGUUUGACAUAGAUAUAAGGACUUUCAUUGUGAGUUCAUUCUAUCUAACAAGCUAUCUAAGUUUAUCUACAGCUUAGGUAAAUAGCAAAAUAAUAAUCUUCAUAGGUAGGGUCAGAAUGGAUUAUAAGCGUGUAGUACAGUACAGGUUCACUGCUAAUGACUUACAUGGAGUACAGAGAUUGAGGUGUAUGGUUUAUGGUUCCAGACAAAAGAGAUGUAAUAGUCUUGAAGCUUCAGGGACCCGAUUCUCAAACUAUGUGAUUUUACUUUUGUACUAAGCUACUAAGUGUAACUUCAGUUCAGUCAAGUAUAAUCGUAACAGGUUGGGGCAGAUGGGAAUGUGGGCAUGUAAAAGUGAUAUUUGCACAUUUGAUGCAGAUAUGUACGUCUUUCACGUGACUAGAAAUAAAGCAAUGUUUACCAGUAAUGAUCUCUGUCUUAUUGUGCAUGCAUCAUCGCAAUAUUUUCAGUCUGCCCCACUAAGUAAAUGAGUCAAUGUCACAAAUCCAAAUUUAGUGUGGCCACUGUGAAGUACACUAAAUCAGCGGGGUCACAUCUCCGUUUGUUUCGAAUAAACAGUAAACCACCUUAAUGCUUAGCACGUAAGUAUCAGCUACUCAAGACCAACUGGAAGGUUUGAUCAACUCACACUGGGAUGAUCACUUCAUCUGUUAGGUUAACGUUGCAGCAUGAAAUGCCCCCACACGACUCUCUCCCGCAUGGCAGAUAAGAGGUUUCCGUCUCCGUAAAUGUACAAGCUACAAA